AUGCAGCAACAAAUAACUACAGGACGACAACAGGCAAAUGAUCGAUUACAACAACAGUUGCCUAUUAAUACAAUCAAAGAAACAACAAAGCCUAUACAUUAUAAACGUGUCAACCAAAUUUCACAAUCAGCGCCAAACCGUUUUGAUAAGUUAACAGGUACAAAUCAGCAACAAUGGCCAUUGCGACGUUUGCAUACUAAUCUUGACGAUUUCGAUACUCAUUGUUCACUUUCAUCUUGUCCUACGUAUUCAUCUUUAUCUGCACAUUCACCUGAGACUCGUGAGUGUGCAACACAAAUAACAACAUUAACACCAAUCGAAACCGUCGAAGAUAAUCAAGAUCUAUCAACUGAUUCUUCAUUACCUAUUGAUAAUAAUCAAGUAUUAGUUAUUGACGAAAUUCCUACUGAAGAACUUGAACUUAUGCCAAUAUCAAGUGGUUUUGGUUAUUAUCCAUAUAAUUAUCCAACAACAAGAAGAGUACAUCGUGCACAACCACAAAUUGUAUCUCGUGCUCCUCAGUUCCGAGACAAAAACCAGAAUGGUUACAACAAUCAUUCGGGAACAAAAUCUACUGGUAAAUUAUCACGACCACGACCUACCGCUGUUAAACAAUCAUCACCACGUUCUGAUACAUAUGCAUUACCAACAAAACGAAAUGAAGUAAAUACUCGAGUAUCAAAAGAUGAUAUGGUAUCAAAAAAUUCUCAACAUAUACCACGAAAAGAACGUUUUGCUAGAAAUUUUUCAACACCACCACCUCAACAAAGACGUACAGAAUUUGCGCAUAGAAAUGAUGUCACUCGACCUGUACAAAAAAAUCGUAAUUUACCCAAUGAUCAACAAGAUUUUCCUCGCAAACCUCUACACUUUGCUAACAAAAAAACCGGUGCUUAUCGCUCUUCUAGUCCUCCUGCUUAUUACCAAAAAUCUUCUUCUUUACCCCGAAAUAUACCUCAAAAAUCACGACGUAUGCGUGUAGCAAACAAUGAAUAUAUCAUAGAGCGACGUAGACAACCAAUGGAUUAUAUUUAUGAUGACUAUCGUACGGAGACUCCAGUUGAAAGAAGAAGAAGAUCUCAACGAGUUGUACGUGUUCUACGUGACACACCCUAUCAAGAUUAUGAUGAUGACGAUGUUUAUUAUGUUGAACCAGCAUCAACACGUCAACCAAGAAAAGCUCAAAGACCAUCACCAAGAGAAUAUAUUUAUGUUGAUGAAACUUCAGCACCAACUCGUCAUCAUCGUUCAGGUCGUCGUGAAGUUGUUUAUAUUGAAGAUGAUGAACCACAAAUUGAAUAUGAAGAUGAAUAUAUAUAUGUUGAUGAAAAUGGUAAUGAAAUUGAUUUUAUUGAUGAAGGAAAUCCAUCAAAACAAUAUGUUGAAUAUAUUGAUGAUGAUGGUAGAGAUAGACGACGUUCACAUAAAUCUAAAAUACUCUAUGUUGACGAUGAACCACCAAUUAAUCAACGACGAAAUAAAUCGAAAUCUAAACAUCCAUCAUCAACAAGAAUUGUUUAUGAAUAA